AUGGCCACAGCAGAUAAGCCUCUGUACAGAGGCAAAAGAAAGCAGAAUAUGGAAGACUUGCUCACAAAAGUGGGAUUAAGUGUGGAGUACUGGACACCUAAGCUUCAGGAGCAUGCAGGUGUGACCUCUGCCUGGGACUUACAGUUCUUAGAAGAAAAAGACCUCCAGAAGCUCAGGUCCCAGGCACAACACCCAUGGGAGAAAAGGGCCCUCGAGAAGCUGCUUGACCUCUCACAGUCAAAGCGCCCUCCAGAGUCCCAGGAGUCUCCAGCAGAGACUGGGAAGAAAAGGCAGAAGCAGGCAGAAGAGGCCCUGCGGGAGCUGAGGGAGCUGCAGUCCGAAGGGAAGCAGAGGCAGGAAGAGGCAGUGAGGAAGAAGGAAGCAGAGCUGAGGCAGGCGAUGGACAUCCCUGAGCAGUACUGGCCAAAGCCUGGAAUGGAUCUGAAAGAAGUCACCGAAAACAUGCAGAGACAUCUCAAUCACAUGGAGCAUGCACUGACGCUCAGGCAAAACCUCCCAGAUAGGGAUCUGAUUAGAUGGGCAUCUGGAGGCCUGGCCCUGCAGGGAAUUUACAAGACCAGCCACCAAAAAGACCUGACAGAGAAGCGAGAAGAGCUACUCAGUGUCCCCAAAGAAUUCUCACUCAUGGGACCUGAGCAGGGCACAAGGAUGGAAACGAUAGAAUUCACCUCUUCUCAAGCAGAAGCCCAGUUCACCCAGACUAUAGAGAAGAUGGGCUUUGGGGUCACAAUGUCAGCCAAGGGUAGAGGGUGGGGAUUCAGUUUAGAAGAUAGUACGAUUCAAAACAAGCAUUCAGAAUCAAAGGAAACACACCAAUCACAUUCUAACCCCACAUAUUUCUGCUCAUGCAUGUUCAAUUAUGUCCCCCUGGCUGCCUACCAUUUUCCCAAAGAUCAACUACAGCUCUCUGAGUCUGCUCUCCAGGAAAUAAAAAGCAUUGAAGACUUCCUGGAUCACAUUGUUGGUCAGAACAGAUUCCUCUUACUGAGACACAGGAUUGAAAAGUUCUUCCAGAGAUUUGGUUCCCAUGCUAAUAAGGGCCCUGUUCAUCUGGGAGGAAUCUACUGGUGGAAGGCCAUUGCAGAAGGUUUCAAAAGUGAGCAUCUGGCUGAUGUGAGGCAGCAGGCAGCAGAGGCCCUGGAUACUCAUGUAAGGAGGAGCUACAGUGGCUUUGGAUCUGAAACAGCUCUAGAUGAGAACAUGUCGAACUCACAUUCAAAAGUAACUUCUCAGCACAAGGCUUUUCAAAACUUUCAAAUCCAAGUCCAAUUAUCUGUGGCUCAGACAGGUGGACCACCAGAAGCAGAUGGAAUUGUCCAGUGGAAAGCUGGCCUUAUGGCCAACAAUCAAACCUGGUCUGUUGUUGACCGAGGACAUCAGCUGGUGCCCAUUUGGGACAUCAUACUUUCCAGCCACAAAAAUGAUUUUACGAACCCCCUUCGGGUGGCUAACUGCCUGAAAGACCACUACACUGCUCUGACAGACCUCACUGAACAGAUCCUGGAUGGAGAGGAAUUACUGAGUGCUGGAAAGGAAGCCACAAUUUUCCUAGAGGAAGUGAAAUCCUGGGAGGUUACUGAUCCUGAAGAGCAGCUUACAAAGCUGAUACAUUUCAGACAAAUGUUGAGUGAAAAAAAUAAAGUUUAUGACAUUUGGACCAAUACAUGUCUCACAGAUUUAGGUCUGCAGAAAUUUAUAAUCCACACUGUCGACUUUUGCAAAAAUUCAUCCACCCAGAGCACAGAGUUUAUCAAAUCUCAGUUACGCAGCCUUCUAGACCCUCAUGUGCACAAAGUGACAACCUUUCCUCAGGCUCACUCCAUCAUGCAGUGGAUCCACCAGUCAGAGGCAGAGGAAGAGCAAGUCAGUAUCACACAAUUUUCUGACUUCAUUAAGGCCUUGAAAGAAACCCAAAACAGCCUCAUGGAAGUGAACCUCAAAUCGGAGUCCCCAGAGGCAGUGGAAGAAGCUCAAAGAAAGGCCACACAUGAGGUGACCACAGCUCUCAGCUGCUUCUUGAACCAUCUCAGAGAAACAGAGCAGCCAGACAUGCAACUCCUGCUUCUCUCCAUUGCAGCUGGGGCAGGAUAUGAGUCUAUAAAAAAUAUUUUUCAACAUCUUCUGGGCUGUGUUGAAUUAAACUUCCUUCUAGAUAAGAUGCAAAGUGCUCAUAAACAAUACCAGGAACUCAAAAAUAUAUCUGACUCCAGAUCACAGGCAUUCCUAGUGCUUACAGCCCUGACAGCCACAGUAGGAACCACAGCAAUUUCUCAAAAAGAGAAAAAACGACGCUUUGCAUUAAUAAAACAAUAUAUGGGACCAUUCUUGUCAAAAGAAGUUUCACAUGUGCUCACAAAACUUGAAAUGUAUCAUGAUUGGGAAAAUAUACAGAAAGAUUUAAGAUUACUCAUUGAUGGGGUUGAUGACGUUACCAUCUCUGCUGUGAAGAUGGGCAACAGAAAAAAACAAUUGCAAAUUUUCUGCAGUAAAAAGAAUGAACUUUACACACCACAAAAUAAUGACAACAACAAAAAGGAAGUGAUCAAAAACGGACCUUUUCUGGACUUGCUCCAGCGUUUAGGUCUAGAACAUUACUACCCGAAAAUGAUGAGCAGAGCUGACUUCCAUCUCAUCUACAAGACUUCUGUGUUCAAUACACAACCCACAUCUGAACAGGAGCUUCCCUUCUAUUUCCUACAAAAGCUACUGAUGCUGGAUUACGGGGUGAGACAUCUGGUCUUCAAAGACACUGGAGACAUAGAAAACCAGGUCCACACAGGUUCCUCCCAUCAGGAAGAUGAGGCUUUGGAUCCAUAUGAAGACUUGCUUGAAGACAGUGAUGAUCUCACUAGCCCUUCCAGCCCCACAUCCAAGCCCCACAUCCACCCAAUGGAUAUUCAGAUGGCCAUUUUUCACUGUGCAGAUCAUUUUGCCAGACCAUAUAUUGUGGGUAAGCUUUCCAUUUGUCAAUAUGCCCUCCCUCUUCUGGUGCCAACUCCCGGAACUGCUCACAUUGAAUUCUCGCUGUGGUCUCUCAGACAAAUUCGGAGAAGCUGGCAAGAAGCAAGUACAUCACAACACAAAAAAAGCAGUCACAACAACCAGCACAUGUGCCUUGUCCCCACCCCCAUCGUGUCCUUCAUUAGAGUUGGACAUGGCCUCUCUGCUUCCAAGUCUCAGAUCAUGAACGCUCUUCUCAGUAAGCGAAAACAUGAUGUGUUUUUUCACAGGCACUGUAGGGGAAGCAGCAAGAACUGUCUCUUGAUGGGUGGAGUGGUGGAACUCUGCUGGUACUGUCCUGGUGGGGAGGAUGACGACAGAUUUGAGCAGUGUGUGACCUUCACCAACCUUCACGGAGAUGCAAAGGAACAUAAGCGGCAGCUCACCUUCCUGCAGGAGAUCUCUUCUGUCAUCGUGAUCCUCAUGUCAGCCUCUGAUGACAACAAAGACAACCAAAAAAUUGUCCGUGACCUGUGGCAAGCAUCCAGACCUGUGAUCUGCUUGCUUGAUGACAAAGAAAAGACCAUGCCUAAAAGUACAGGAAAGGUGAGAAUUGGCAUCAGGAAUAGAAACGAGGCAGAAUUAGCAGAGGAGGUCAUAUCUGCAAUCAAACAUCAGCUACAGCAAUCUGACGCUGCUCUCAGCUUAGAGGAGUGUUCCCUGAUUGCUCACAAACAUGGAUUCCUUAUUGAUGAAGACCAGAGCGACUGUCAGGAAGCCAAGGCAAAGGCCCAGACCAUAAUGGCCCUCCUAACAGAGUUGGAGCUCUCUCAGAUAAAGGAAAGCUUACUUCCCCUUCAGGGACAACUGUGGCACCUUUGGUGUAAGAAGGACAAAGAACUCUAUCAUCUGAGGGAAAAGGGGAAUCGGAGCAUUGAACAACAUAAGAAUGAGAUUGAGAGAGAGAAAAGAAUAAUUAGGUCCCAACAGUUGCAAAAGGCCUUUCCUCUCAAUGACUUAAUGCGCUCUGUCCUUGAAAUCCUUCAAAGAAUUUCACAAUCUCAGUGGAAACUUUACUUUUUGCAGUGGCUCAGUAUGUUCUUGGAAAACCUGACCACAGCAUAUUUGCAAAACUUACAUGAGAAGCAACGAUCUCUCUGGUCAAUGGUCCAUACAGAAAAACAGAAGACACAAAAUAAAAAUUCAGUGAAAAUCUGGGCGAGUCAGAUAGAAGCCAUCUCCAAGGAGAUCUGCAACUGUACUUUGGGAAUUGAACAACUGCUCAGAGAAGUUGCCCAGAUCUAUGAAGCUCUGGAAGAAAAUGACCCCAAAAGAAACAGCCUCUCUGUCUCCCUCCCUGAAAUUGCUGCAGACCUGAUGAUAUCUGGUGUCCCCAUUGAGCUCAUGGACGGGGAUGCUUCCUAUGUGCCUCUGAAGUGGGUGGAAGCUGUUUUUGACAAGGUCUCGGAGAAGCUCGGGGACAAAAGGCUGUUUGUUCUCUCUGUCCUUGGCCUGCAGAGCUCAGGGAAGUCCACCCUGCUGAACGCCCUUUUUGGCCUGCAGUUCACUGUCAGUGCUGGCAGGUGUACCAGAGGGGCCUACAUGCAGCUCCUGAAGGUGGAGGAGACCUUCACAAAGGAGCUUGGCUUUGACUUUGUGCUGGUGGUGGACACAGAAGGACUUCGCGCCCCAGAACUCAACAACAAAUCCCAGAAUUGGGACAAUGAGUUAGCAACCUUUGUCAUUGGACUUGGAAACUUGACUCUGAUCAAUAUUUUUGGGGAGAAUCCUUCAGAGAUGCAAGAUAUCCUACAAAUAGCAGUCCAAGCUUUGUUGAGGAUGAAACAAGUGAAAAUCUCCCCCAGUUGCCUCUUUGUCCAUCAGAAUGUGGGAGACAUAACAGCUAAAGACCAAACUAUGGAAGGCCGACGGCGGCUAGAGCAGAGACUAGACGAAAUGACAGCAUUAGCUGCUGAACAGGAGGAGUGCCCAGAUGUAACCCGCUUCAGCGAUGUCAUUAAGUUUGAUGUCAAUACUCAGGUCCACUAUUUUGCUCACCUCUGGGAUGGCAAUCCCCCAAUGGCACCUCCCAAUCCUCGUUACAGCCACAAUGUCCAGGAACUGAAAAGUGAAAUUCUUCUGAUUGCCCAGCAGGAAUCCAAAAGACGCAUCAUGAAGAUAUCAGAUGUAAAAUUCCGGGUUAAAGACUUGUGGGGAGCCCUGGUGAGUGAGAACUUUAUUUUCAACUUCAGGAACACCCAAGAAGUCAUGGCCAUGAACAAACUGGAAACCAUGUACAACCAGUGGUCCUGGGAGCUGAGGAGUCACAUGCUGGAGUUGCAGAAUCAGCUGAACAACCAGGUCCAGAACGGAAAAAUCCUAACACUCACAGCUAGUAUGCUGGAGACCCCCAUUAACAAGAAAUAUGAAACCAUUAAGAAAGGUUUUGAAAAAUUCUUUAAGGAAGACCAAGAUACUGAAAUACUUAUUCAAUGGAAAGCGAAUUUUGAACAUAAGCUGCUAAUCCUUAAGGAUGCCCUUAUUUCAGACACCAGAAGGAAAGUGAAUGAACUAAUUAUUCUCAGAAAAGGACAAGAAAGGUUGGAUAAGCAAAAGACACACUAUGAAAAUGUAUUAUUAGAGAAGAGCCAAAAGUUGGCUUUAAGUGUAAAGGGUAAAGAAUUAAGUGAUGAAAAAUUACAUGAGAUAUUCAAUAAACUUUGGACACCUUGGGUCUCUGAAGUGUCAUCAUCUGUCCCUAAUGUCUUUGAGCCUGACAUUGAUGUGGAUUCUGAAAACAUACUGUUGGAGUACUUCAAAAAGGAGAAAAACAUAGCUGAAAAACUAAAAAGACAUUCUGGAGAGUCAUUUCAGAUUGACUAUGAUAAACAUGUGCAAAUGAAAAGAGUAUUGGGUUUCAUUCCAAAGAGUUUAGCGGUUCGUCAUAAAGAGUCCAUUAAGAUGAUUACUAAUCACAUUUUUUCAAAAUAUGAGGAGACAAUUAACAAUAUUUGGAGGCAACGGCGAGAUUACAAUUUGAAUGACUUCCAUGAAAUCCUGAGGCUAAUUAAAACAGAAGUAAUAUCUGUUUCCUGUGAAGAAGAAUUCAUAUUUACAAAUAAAUACAGCAUUGAAUUAUCUAUGUAUUUGUUCCAAAGAGCAGCAAAGAGCUUUAAGGAGAUGCACAGGGAAUUCAAGAGAGCAAAUGAUCCUGUGAACUAUCUGGAAAGUAAGAAAGAUGAUUUCUUCAUGAGUUUUAAGAUCUCCUGCCAAGGUGCCACCUCUGUCACAUCAUUUGUUGAUUUUCUGUGGAACAAGCUCCUUCCUGCUAUCUCUGCCACCAUAAAGGGGAAAAUGGCUCCUAGAAUAGCUGGGGACAUGCGAGCUACCUGCCCUGCAUUCAGUGGAAACAGGGCUAACCUGGAGAAACACAUUCUCAUUUCUCUGGCAGAAGAAGAAAACUUUGAUAAUUACUGGCAGUAUAUUCAUCAUGCUAAAUCUUUUUUUAAGAAUUACAUUGGUAAGCACAUUAGAAUAUACUGUUCAGACAAUGGAAGUAUAAAAGUAAAGACUCUAAUAAAAAGGAGUCUAGAUGACAUCAGGCACGCCGUCCUCUCUGCCAUUCACGAGUCCACAGCAACAGCUAAAGAUGACAGCAGCACUGCAUCCCGGUGGCUGGAUUUGUUCUGUGACAACCUGGGUGACAACUUGGUUUUUCCACGAAGAGAUCUGGUAAGCGUUGAACACCAGGAGAUAACAGACAUCAAGUUUCUCAAAGAAACCAUGAGUGCAGCUUUGGACCCUGCCAUGAGGAAAGUAGAAGAGAAUUGCUCAAGCAUGCCCAUAGACGAAAUGGUGCCUGAAAUUGAGAAGAUCCUAUCUGAACAUCUCUGUGGCUGCUGGAAACAAUGUCCCAUGUGCAAAGCAAUUUGCACAAACACAAUUCCUGCACAUGAAGGUGACCACAGUGUUCCAUUCCACCGCCCUCAGGCUGUCAUUGGAUGCAAUUGGUAUAAAAAAGAAUAUUUUGCCCUUGAAUGCUGCUCUACAUUUGUAGCAAGUGAUUGUUUCAUGGUUUUUGCUGAUGAGCGGAAAUUCCCCUAUAAGAACUAUAGACAGGCAGGAGGGGAUUUCGCCACAUGGAGCAUCACCCCUGAUUCAUCCACCGAGCCAUAUUGGAAAUGGUUUGUCUGCCACUUCAGAUCACAGCUGGAAGAAAGAUACAAGAAAACAUUUACAGAUGAAGGUACAAUCCCAGAUACAUGGACCAGAAUCACUAAACAAGAUGUGCUUGAUGACUUGAAAAAAUAA